AUGGUCUUUAGAGACAGUCAUCCUACGACGCCUUGUCGUACCGUUCUAGACUUCCGUACGUUGAACAAGUUCACUAAACGUGGCGGUAAGACCCAGAACGACCUACAAGGAUUAUACGUGUAUUGGGAACUAUACUGUCCUAUGGUCGAGUAUCGCCUUGGGUUGGACGACGACUUGAAGGACUUCAAGAAUCUUCUCCUUGAGAAGGUCACCUACAAGGAGCUCGGCAUGAAGGGUGGUAAACUAAGAAGACGUCACCCUAGCCCAGAGCGACUCCGCCAUGCCGAAGAAGAUGACGACGGUGUGAUCUACCUUGGUAACAGCAAGUAUACGUCAGCCCUCAUAAGGAUCCUAUCGACUAUCUAUCACUAUAAGUACAUGCACUUGGGAUCACGACGAGUAUGUCAUCUACUACAACGUCGGUUUUACUGUAAGAAGAUGCAUAGGCUGGUCAGCUCUUCUCUACGUUGUUGGGACGUUAGUACCACUGGUCACGUACUCGGAGUCCCUACACUACCCCACGACGCUAACCUGAGAGCCCGUAGGUGUCAACGUAUACCUAUGAGUAUUCACUAUACGUAUCUACGUCUACUUGGCCUCCACAAGGGUACGUUUCUGUUCACGUUGUCCGAUCACGCUAAGUCCAACAACUGUAUCGACGUGGUUCACGACUUGCACCAGAACCUAGGGGAGUCUAUGGCUAACGUCCUUGCCAAGUACGAGCACGCUAUUCAGCUACUGAGCGUCGACAGUGUGGAUGCAGAAGCACGUCUCGACUCUCUGAGGCAGGCCGAACAACGUAUCUACUAUCGUGACUACGUUAUGAUCGAGAACGGCACCAACUAG